UAAGUCGAUUUUUUCCCAAAUUUCUUUCUUCUUCCUUCUCUUUCCUUGCCUUUUUGUCUCUACCGUUUUUGAGAAAGGAGCACAUUUGUAAAUAGGGGGACAUUUUCCCCAAAAUUUCACCAAGAAUCCUGGCUCAAAAAGCAGCUUUCUUUCCUAUCCACUUCGAAAUUUACGUCAGUUUCUUCCUCCACGUGUUCUCCUUUUUUGUAAGAAAAACCAAAGACACACGGAGCUUUGUGUGAAUACAGAGGACCAAAUUCGGCGUUUCCGUGUUUUUUCUUUCUUUCUUUUUUAUUUGUAGGAGGAAGCUGACAAACAAAGGUUGUUUCGCUUUUCCUUCUUCUUUCGAGUUUACCUGCUUUUUGCUCACGUUUGACUGGGUUUGGUUUUGAUUAGCUAGCCAAAGUUCAAGGCUUUGUUUUCAAAGUUGGGAUCUUUUAGCAUUUCUUGGUUUUAUCUCAUGUCGGUUUUCAUGAUAGAUGUUGCUUGUGCCAUAAAAAUCUCGUGUGCCGAAAACCAUUUUGCAUCUUCUUCUGGCGUGUUAUAGAUGGUCAGUGGGGGCCAGUAAGAAUUGUCUUGAUUUAGCCAACAAAGCCCACCUAUAAAAUUGUGGUUGUUAGGGUUAUUUGCUGUUAGAGCUUUUAUAGUUGCUUGAGGGAAUAGGGAUGGAACCCAUUUAUCAAUUAAAAUUAGAUUGUUUCAAAAUCCAUUGAAAAUUUAGUUUCUUCAGAAUCAGUGAAUUAAAGACUAGAAUUUUGCAUUUGAAGCUUAGGAUAUAUCACCAAGAAAGGUUUUUGUGGUGGUAUAAGUACGAGUUGUUGUAUUCUUUCUUUUAUUGGUUUAUUGAAGUUCUUGAAGCUUAUAGUAAUUGAAGGAGAGGGGGGAAUAGUUGAAAAUACAGAAGAAAUGAAUCACGUUGUGAAUUCAAAUGGGCCGGUUCAAAACUUAAAUGGGGUUUUGGAAGAGAAGCUUGAUGAGCUUCGUGCUCUGAUAGGCAAAGCAGAAGGUGAUCCGUUGAGGAUUGUUGGCAUUGGGGCAGGUGCUUGGGGUAGUGUGUUUACCGCCUUAUUGCAAGAGAGUUAUGGUCAUCUGAGAGAUAAGGUUCUGAUAAGGAUAUGGAGGAGGCCUGGUAGAUCGGUUGACAGGGCCACGGCUGAGCAUUUAUUUGAAGUUAUCAAUUCAAGGGAAGAUGUGUUAAGGAGAUUAAUUAGACGUUGUGCUUAUUUAAAGUAUGUUGAGGCAAGAUUAGGUGAUAGGAUUUUACAUGCAGAUGAGCUUUUAAAAGAUGGAUUUUGCGUGAAUAUGAUAGACACCCCACUUUGCCCAUUGAAGGUUGUGACCAAUUUACAGGAGGCUGUUUGGGAUGCUGAUAUUGUUAUUAAUGGAUUGCCAUCAACUGAAACUUGUGAAGUAUUCGAGGAAAUUAGUAGGUAUUGGAAGGAGAGGAUUACAAUGCCAAUUAUCAUCUCUUUGGCAAAAGGUGUGGAGGCUGAGUUGGAGCCAGAGCCACGCAUAAUAACCCCCACCCAAAUGAUCAACCGUGCAACUGGAGUUCCGAUGGAAAACAUUCUCUAUCUCGGAGGACCUAAUAUCGCGUCAGAGAUUUACAAUAAGGAAUAUGCUAAUGCUCGGAUUUGUGGAGCAGAAAAGUGGAGGAAACCGUUGGCAAAAUUUUUGAGGCAGCCACACUUUGUAGUGUGGGAUAAUGGUGAUCUCGUUACUCAUGAAGUUAUGGGUGGUUUAAAAAAUGUCUAUGCAAUUGGAGCUGGAAUGGUUGCAGCUCUGACCAAUGAGAGUGCAACUAGUAAAUCAGUGUACUUUGCCCACUGUACAUCAGAGAUGAUAUUUAUUACACAUUUGUUGACCGAAGAACCAGAAAAACUUGCUGGCCCCUUGUUAGCCGACACUUAUGUAACCUUACUGAAAGGUCGUAAUGCAUGGUAUGGUCAAAAGUUGGCCAAGGGGGAGCUGAAUCUUGAAAUGGGAGACAGCAUCAAGGGCAAAGGAAUGAUUCAGGGUGUUUCAGCAGUGAAAGCAUUUUACGAGCUGCUAAGUCAGUCCUCCAUAAGCGUCCUACAUCCUGACAAAAACAAACCUGUAGCUCCAGUUGAGCUGUGCCCCAUAUUGAAGAUGCUAUAUAGAAUACUUAUAACAAGGGAGUUUACAGUGCAGGCCAUUCUUCAAGCAUUAAGGGAUGAAACAAUGAACGACCCAAGAGAUCGCAUCGAGAUUGCGCAAACCCAUGUUUUCUACAGACCAGCACUCCUUGGACAGAAACCUUGACAGCUUGUGCUGCCUCCUCUCUUAUGCGUUUUUUGUCACUCCUUAGUGGAUGUAAAAGUAACAAGUAUAGAUUCCACUAGCUAGUUCCGAAGCUUAGUAGCUAAAUUCUUAGGACGAGAAGGUUGUGUUCUGUGUAUUAGAGCUGUUAACUUACGUAAUGUUGUAUCAAUUCCCUCGUUUUUUUGAAUUCUGACUUCAUUGAUGACAAUGAACAAAGUGCAUUUUAUUUCUCAA